AUGGUGAUCUCCAACUAUUUCAGGGCGAAGCAUGUUGGUACUUUGAACGCAGAGCGCAAGGGCAAGGUUCGCCCCACUGCAGUGUUCAGAACAUUUCGAAAUCUCUUUGGAGGCUUGGAUCGUCACGAUAGCGAAGACGACUUCCGGAGUGGCCAGGAGCCGCGGGGUUCACAGCUCCUCUCGGCCGUCGAGCGGCUCACAGUCAAGGACAACCGAUUCAUCAUUGAAGUGAGGGAUCAGAAGAAACCCCUGGAGCUUUUUCUGGACGACGCCAAGGAGUUCAAGCAGUGGACGCAAGCCUUUCAACAGGUUCUUGCAAAGAGCCUGGGAGCCAACUUUGUGAAAGGCCCUGACAGUGGCCACGCCAGUGCCAGUGUGAGUGGUACAACCACACCUGGAGUUGGGCAUGCGGUGCUCUGUGAAGGCGAGUUGAUGGUGAAGAAAAAAAACAAAGAGGAGCCCAGGUACUGUGUCCUGCGCACGGAUUACUUUCAGUGCUCCCUCCGAUUGGCAGCUGGGUGA